AUGGCUUCUCAAGGUAUUAACGAAGAGGAACCUGCUGUCACUGGAGAACCUGUAACCAGAGAAGAACAUGGUGCAACUAGAAAGAGGGCGACACCAGACUCUGGUUUGCCACCGAAACCAAAGAAAAAGUUUGCUAAACGAGCAGAGGUAUGGCAACACUUCAUACAAAGGGUAGAGGAUGAUAAGUUUGCUAACUGUAGGUAUUGUGGUACAGAGAUUAAAUGUGACACUAAGACAGUAGGGACUAGUCCGAUGAAAGGUCAUAUAGAAAGAUGUAAAAUGUACAAGGAUCAUGUUGAAAGGGAGAAACAGACUGUCUUGGGUGGUGAUAAGAGUGGGAAUAUGAGGGUUAUUAAGUAUGAUCCUCAGCUCUUUAGGAGAUCUGUUAAUGAGUUGGUUGUGAUGGCUUCUCAAGGUAUUAACGAAGAGGAACCUGCUGUCACUGGAGAACCUGUAACCAGAGAAGAACAUGGUGCGACUAGAAAGAGGGCGACACCAGACUCUGGUUUGCCACCGAAACCAAAGAAAAAGUUUGCUAAACGAGCAGAGGUAUGGCAACACUUCAUACAAAGGGUAGAGGAUGAUAAGUUUGCUAACUGUAGGUAUUGUGGUACAGAGAUUAAAUGUGACACUAAGACAGUAGGGACUAGUCCGAUGAAAGGUCAUAUAGAAAGAUGUAAAAUGUACAAGGAUCAUGUUGAAAGGGAGAAACAGACUGUCUUGGGUGGUGAUAAGAGUGGGAAUAUGAGGGUUAUUAAGUAUGAUCCUCAGCUCUUUAGGAGAUCUGUUAAUGAGUUGGUUGUGGUGAAUGAGUUACCCUUCUCAUUUGUGGAGUCUGAGGGUUGGAAGCGUUUCUGUUUUAACAUCCUGCCUAUAUACAAGACCUUUUCCAGAAGGACAUGUUGUAGAGACAUUGUUGGAAUGUAUCUGCAAGAGAAAGAGGAGCUUAAGCAUUUAUUUAGUGUUCAGAAGCAAAGGAUUUCUCUCACCACAUAUAUUUGGGUUUCUUCAACAACUUCUGUGAACUACAUGGUUGUCACUGGUCAUUGGAUAGAUGAGAAUUGGGAAAUGCAGAAAAGGAUACUUAGUUUCAAGGUGGUCACAGAUCAUAAAGGAUCCACAAUUGCUGGACAGCUUCUAGAUUGCUUAGAGGAAUGGGGGAUUCAGAAAGUGUUUACUGUUACAGUUGACAAUGCUAAAGGAAAUGAUAAGGCUUUGAAAGAGUUCAAGGAUGAGAUGAGGCUCAGAGGAGGAGAAGCAUUAGUGAGAGAUGGUGAUUUCAUUCAUAUGAGAUGUUGUGCCCAUAUCCUCAAUCUGAUUGUUGGAGAUAGUCUUAAAGUAGCAAAGCCUAGUAUAGUUGCUAUUAGGAAUGCUAUCAAGUAUGUCAGGUCAUCUUUCAAUCGAGUGAAGUCAUUUGUUCUAAGGUGUGACUCGGGAAAAGUUUGUAGAGGCAGUUUGCCAAUGGAUGUCCCCACCAGGUGGAAUUCAACGUAUUUGAUGUUAACUUCUGCUCUGAAGCUAAGAGUACCAUUUGAGAGGAUGUUGAGUGAAGACAAACUGUAUGAUGAUUAUUUCCUUGAAAUAGAUGAGCAGACAAAGAAAAAACGGGUUGGACCACCCCUUUUUCUGAUUGGGAAGAUGUUUCAAGUGACUUCCAGUCUUUGUUACAAUGAGAUUGUAAACAUUGAAAGAAAUCUCAUUACCAAGUGUGGCAACAGUAAUGAGAAAGUCAGAAAAGACGCACACACAAUGAGGGAUAAGUUUGAAAAAUAUUGGGAUGGAUUGAUAAAUAUGAAUCCGCUUGUGAUCGUUGCUUCUGUUUUUGAUCCCCGCAACAAGAUGCAAUUUGCUAAUCUAUGCAUUGAGCAACUCUAUGGUAAGGAUACCGUUGAAUGUAAGCAGCUUACUAGUUCAGUCUCAAGCGUAAUGAAAAAAUUGUAUGAAGAAUACAAUUUCAGACAUAGCAAACCUAUUGAGGUUGAGGAACCAGCAGACUCAGAGCCAGCACCUACUACUACUUGUGAAUUAUCUGAUGAUGAUGAUGAGGAUGGUUGUGAAAGGAUGGAGGUUAUCUACAAUAAGUUGGUUAACUCUAAGAGAAAAGUAGAUGGUUGCAGUGAGUUGGAUAUCUACUUGAAUGAGAAAACGGAAAUGAGAGUGGAGACUACUUUGGGUUUCCCUUAUGAUGUUCUGUCUUGGUGGAAGUGUAAUAGCCAAAAGUUCCCUAUAUUAUCAGAAGUUGCUAAAGAUGUUCUAGCUAUCCAAGUCUCAUCAGUAGCUUCAGAAUCAGUUUUCAGUACUAGUGGCCGAAUAUUGGAUCCAUAUAGGAGUUCUCUGACUCCUUAUAUGGUUGAAAUGUUGUUAUGCACUCAACAAUGGUUGAGGGUUUCUUUUAAAACACAAGCUGAAGUUGCUAACUUGGUGCAAAUGUUGGAAGAAGCUGCGUUCUUUGAGUCUCUUGAUUCUCGGAAUGCAAUGCUCACUCAGUUUGAAACAGAAGCUGCUCUUUUGUCCUUCUUGAUGUCGAUUAGCAGCCUGCAGCCUAGGAUUAUGGAAGCUGCUCUUUUGUCCUUUUUGUUUUUGAUGUGGAUAACCAAGCAGCAAGCAGCCUGCAGCCUUAAACGAUGGAUGGUAUUGAGUCAGUACCUUCUUCUUUUGAACAAUGGAUGGUACUAA